GGCGGCCCCCGCAGCUCCCGGCCUUGGGGCUGAGGUAUUGGGUGUGCGUCUCGCGGUCCGUCAAUACAGAUUACAUAUUUAUAUCAAUCGCGGGCUCGGAGGGCGCCCUCGGAGAGCGGCCCCAAGCCUACGAAAUCAAACUGGGAGUGGUCGCGCGGCAACGCUGGCUCAGGAUUGGCUGCGGGCGCCCGCCGCGGUGCGGGGGGAUUGCUAAUCGUAUUCAGCAUGUUUUGCACAAGAAAUGUCAGCCAGAAAGGGCUAUCUGCUCCCUUCGCCAAAUUAUCCCACAACAAUGUCAUGCUCGGAGAGCCCCGCCGCGAACUCUUUUUUGGUCGACUCGCUCAUCAGCUCCGGCAGAGUGGAGCCUGGCGGCGGCGGCGGCGGCACGGGGGGCGGCGGCUACUUCGCCCACGGCGGGGUCUACCUGCCUCCGGCCGCCGACCUGCCCUACGGGCUGCAGAGCUGCGGGCUCUUCCCGGCUCUGGGAGGCAAGCGCAAUGAGGCGGCGUCGCCGGGCGGCGGCGGCGGCGGCGGCGGGGGCCUGGGUCCCGGCUCGCACGGCUACCCGCCCGCGCCUAUAGACCUGUGGCUGGAGGCGCCCCGGUCUUGCCGGAUGGAGCCGCCGGAGGGGCCGCCGCCGCCGCAGCCCCAGCAGCCGCCGCCGCCGCCGCCGCCACAACCCCAGCCCCCGCCGCAGGCCACUUCGUGCUCUUUCGCGCAGAACAUCAAAGAGGAGAGCUCCUACUGCCUCUACGACGCGGCGGACAAAUGCCCCAAAGGCUCGGCCGCCGCCGCCGAGCUGGCCCCCUUCCCGCGGGGCCCGCCGCCCGACGGCUGCGCCCUGGGCAGCUCCAGCGGGGUGCCGGUGCCCGGCUACUUCCGCCUCUCCCAGGCCUACGGCACGGCCAAGGGCUACGGCGGCGGCGGCGCGCAGCAUCUGGGCGCCGGCCCGUUCCCCUCGCAGCCCCCCGGGCGCGGCUUCGACCCGCCACCUGCGCUGGCCUCCGGCUCGGCGGACGCAGCCCGGAAGGAGCGAGCCCUCGAUUCGCCGCCGCCCCCCACGCUGACAUGCAGCGGCGGUGGCGGGGGCUCGCAAGGCGACGAGGAGGCGCACGCGUCGUCCUCGGCCGCCGAGGAGCUGUCCCCGGCCCCUUCCGAGAGCAGCAAAGCCUCGCCCGAGAAGGACUCCCUGGGCAAUACCAAAGGCGAAAACGCAGCCAACUGGCUCACGGCAAAGAGCGGCCGGAAGAAGCGCUGCCCCUACACGAAGCACCAGACGCUGGAGCUGGAGAAGGAGUUUCUGUUCAACAUGUACCUUACUCGAGAGCGGCGCCUCGAGAUCAGCCGCAGCGUCCACCUCACGGACAGACAAGUUAAAAUCUGGUUUCAGAACCGCAGGAUGAAACUGAAGAAAAUGAACCGAGAAAACCGGAUCCGGGAGCUGACAGCCAACUUUAAUUUUUCCUGAUGAAGCUCCAGGCAAUGCCGUUUUGUUUUUGUUUGUUUCUCCCCCUGCUUCCAGAGAGCCAUUCUCCUCCCUCUGUCUUCAGCCUCUUCCCAGGAACUCGCACCUGUGCGGGCGCCCGUUCCUCCCUCCCACACUCGCCAUUUCGCUGGCCAUUACAUCAGUGCAGGGCUGGUUUGUUCUGACGUUUUGUUUCUUUGUCUGUUUGCUAGGUGCUGGUUUUUUGUUGUUGUGUUCUGGGGUAAAGCCAUAUCGCUCUAAAAUCCUAUGUAGAUAAAGAUUGUCCCAAGUGUCAAGUGCGAACUGGGAUGGUUUGUCGUCUGGAUGACUCCACUGCUCAAAAUGGCCCCUGUGCUCCCGGUGGAGCUGGUUUCCUGCGGGGGGCCGGGCAAACCCAGCCGGAAGGCCAGGUCCCAUUGUAGGCGCUGAGGUGUCUGGCCUGAGGUCAAUGGUGCAAGGAGCCACCAGCGGGCCCCCAGGCCUGAAGUGUUGGGCUGUGUUUAAUCAGGGGAUACAGGCCCUUGGGUUUCUUUUCUCUUUCUUCCUUUCUUCCUUGGCAAAGAGAAGGGCUUAUGAGCAUGGGCAUACAGGUUGACAAAAGGGCUUGACUUUGGCUGAUUGGAACAUGGAGGGAGUCAGGAAGAUGACAUUUUCCUUCCUCUGUAAGAUAUCCCAGCUUUAAAAGAAAGAAAGAAAAAAGAAGGGGGAAAAAAAAAGACCAGGAUAAGGAAACUCCUCUUCCAGUUUGUGUAAGGUCUUGCAUUGUGGGACUAAAUUAUUUCCCUUUCCUCUGAAUUUCCAUAUCCUCUGGCUAUAGAUAAAUAAUCUGAUGUAGUUCUGUUUAUACAUGUGGAUUUAGUGGAUUUUUGUCAUAAAGUAAUCGUUACCACUGGUAACACAAGACAAGCACACCACAACUCUCCCUAUCUUGUGGAGGUUUGUCCCCCCCCUUUUUUAUUUCUUCCUUUUUUUUUUUUUCUUUCCAAAAUUCAUGGAAGCCGAGGAGGGCUGGGGCAAGCGGAAUAGACUAGAGAGGGAGACAUUGUUUGGUUUCCUUUAUACUGUGAAGUUACAUGCAUAAAAGGGUCAAACCUGUAGGUGCAGAAAAAGAAAAAAAAACUAUAAAUGCAAAUCUGUAUAAAUGUCUAUUAUUAUGAAAAAUUGCCAAUCUUGUUUUAUGCAAAUGCAUUCUAUCGUUAUUAUAAAUGUUAGUUCUAGCUCUAUUUACUUCUAAUCUUAAAUCAGAAUAAAUUAAUAUUGUAAUGCUGCUGUGCGUGGAAAAAAAAAGAUGAUGUUUAUGUUCUUAUAGAAGAAUAAAAGCUGUGGAAUGAA